AUGUGUGUACAAUCUGCAAAAAUAUUAGGAGUGUUUCCUAUGCCAUCUAUUAGUCACCAAGUGGUUUUUCGUAAACUUACUCAAGAACUCGCCAAAAGAGGUCAUAAUCUAACUGUGAUAACGACUGAUCCAGCUUAUCCUAAAGGAGCGACACCCGCAAAUUAUAAAGAAAUAGAUGUACGAAAUACAUCUUAUCAAACGUUACAGAAAGCCUUCCAAGCCAAUUAUAAAAUUGAACAUGGCCUACCAAGUAUCUCAAAUAUGCAAAUACGUUCUUCAGCAAUAUUAUCUGUAUUAGAAGCUCAGUUACAAACUGCAGAAGUUCAGGAAUUAUUAACCAAGGAUAAAGACAACUUUGAUUUAAUUUUUGCAGAAGCUAUUAUGCUUCCAUCUGUAGCUUUUUCACAUAAGUUCAAUGCACCAGUGAUACUAAUCAGUUCUAUGGGAGCUUAUUUUUACACUCAUGAUAUAGUAGGAUCAUUAUCACACCCAUUUCUUUACCCAACCUUUACGCAUAAAAGAAUUUACAACUUAAGCAUUUGGGAAAAAAUUGUUCAUUUAUAUAAUGAGUUUUGCUAUAAAUACGUUGUAUAUUUAAAUGAAGACAAUGAAAAUAAAAUGCUGCAAAAAUAUUUUGGACCAGAUAUUCCUCCAUUAAGUGAAUUGUACGACAAUAUCCAGAUGGUGUUUAUAAAUUUUAACCCCAUUUGGGCUGAUAACCAGCCAGUGCCGCCAAGUGUCGUUUACAUGGGUGGUAUUCACCAGAUCCCAGAAAAGGACUUACCAAAGAAUCUCAAGACUUACUUAGAUUCUUUGGAGAAAGGCGUUAUAUAUGUAAGCUUUGGGACAAAUAUUUUGCCAAAAAUGUUGCCUUCUGAUAAAUUAGAUAUUAUGGUAAAAGUUCUUUCUAAUCUUCCUUAUGAUGUUUUAUGGAAAUGGAAUGAUGAUGAACUUCCAGGAAAGGCAGAUAAUAUAAAAAUUUCUAAAUGGUAUCCACAAUCGGAUUUAUUAAGACACCCGAAGGUUAAAUUAUUCAUCACACAAGCUGGUCUUCAAUCAACUGAUGAAGCAAUAUCUGCUGGCGUGCCACUAGUGGCAGUUCCAAUGCUAGGCGAUCAGUGGUACAAUGCAGAAAAAUACGUUAGACACGGAAUAGGGACUAAAUUGGACAUAAAACAUUUAACUGAAGAUGAAUUUAGAAGUGCUAUCGAGACAGUUAUUAAUGACAAAAGGUACCGCGAAAACAUAGUGCAACUUCGAAAGAUAAUGCGUGAUCAGCCAGAGACUCCUAUAGACCGUGCAGUGUGGUGGUCUGAGUUCAAAGAAGACUUCUUGUACGUAGUGCUUAUAGAU